AUGACAUCCCCCAACAGUCUCUAUAUCGUUCCUUCACUGCAUGGGAUGCGCCAGAUUCAUAUGCGCCGAGACUUUCAUUUCGGGGAAGAGGAUCCACUGUACUUCCCUCAGCUCUAUACUCCUGGAAUUGGACACCUCUCUAUCAUUCCAUAUCCUACCUCCGACCCCACCAGUCCACACUUGUCGGCAUGGAAAAUGCCCAGGCAAGAGGACUUUACUCCCACCAAUCCAGACGACCCUUCUCGAGGCUUGGGUAGUUUAACACCUCAAUUUCGAGCACCUUUGCGGAACGCGUUCGAUGCCUUGUAUAUCUUCGACAUCAAGUUUCUGCUCGCUCACCUGAACACCCUUUCCUCUUUUCGAGAAGCGGCCCUGACGUUCUCGCUAUGUCAGCGAGCAUACCUCGAACUGGCUGCCCAUAUCGAGUGGCUCUCUGUUUAUAGACCACGGGUCCAUAACCCUCCUUCUGUUCGCCCACUAGAGGAGGCAAAUGUCGUUGGGGCUCUGACCGGAGAUAGCGAGACAGCAGAGCGGCUUUUCUAUGCUGGAAUCCCUGUAUGGUACCUGCAGCCUCUAGAUCAGAAGGAUUCGACGCGAGUCGACCGGUGGUUGAAUGCAGAAUCUUCUGCCUUCAUGCAACGCUUUGAAGAUAACGGUUUCCGCCUUUCUCUCGAGGACGAAUCACCCCCCCAUCCUGUUGUAUUCAAAGGAAGGAUCAGUGACAUCUCCCGGUAUAAAGAAAUGGGCCAAUACUUACGAAGAUUUUCUACAACCAAUGUCUUUAUGGAAGAUACAGAUUUUACGGUCUCACCUCCACCCCCAUCGGAACCAUCCUCCAGGCCUGCGUGUACUGGAAAACAAGCAAAGCAAAGCCGUGCACAACGUGAACCAGUGAAGUUUUCCCAGUCGUCAAGCCUACAGACACGUAACAAGUUUCUCGAUGUGAUCUCCCCUGCGAUACCUCCUGCUCUCCCAGUCUGGUCUGAGGCUUGUGUACAGGCCGGUGCUUCCUUCAAUCCAAACACUCCUCCUCCCAAUGGCCACGAUAAUGGUUAUGCAUUUCCCGACCCAAACAUAAUCGCGGGUACGGCCAAUGACUCGACGCGGGCGAUGUUUAUCAUGACCUGGUUGAAAUUGCGGCCUGUACUAUUUUAUCGCCUUCGAUCUCCAACUUUUCAACCGCUGAAGACCAAGCAAUGGCGAAGUGUGUUGGGACUGGAAGUUCACAGUCUGAAGAGUGAUACCUUAGCAGCAAAAUUGCGUGCUGAGCAACAAAAAAUGUUACAAGAAUGUCUUGAUACUGGGAACAUGCAGGGUAGUAUAAAUCUCGAUAAGCUCAGCAAUGCGACAGUGAAAUGGCAAGGCUCUGCGCUCCCUCCAGCUACUUUGCCGCCAGUUCAUAUCGUCCAUCAAAUCCUUUGGGAGCUUUUCGAGGCCAACUUCCGUUAUGAAUUGGUCGCCCUUGACCACUUUUGCUAUCGAACGGACAUCACAAAAUCCGAGCGUGAGCAGCAGGUCCUGGGAUACAUCCGGCACUUCAACAACACCAUAAUUCCCCAUAGCCUUGCAGCAGCACACUCCAGCUUUGGAUCCAAAAGCUUGAAUACAGCUGAUGGAAAAAGACACGCUUUAUAUGGACUUUAUCUUGUGAUGGAAGGGUGGACUGGAGGGCCAGGAGAACUUCCCCGGACAAUACGAAACUCGACCGUAAAGCAACGUCUCGACAUUCAGCAGACCCCUGUUGUAGAAUUCCUGGAGCUGAAGGACCUGGAAUUCGCGUUCGUUCAUCAUUAUGUUUCCGUCUUUCGUUCAGUAUUUGCACGUGCACCCCUCCUUCCACAUACCCUAUCUGAAUCUGUAUAA